AUACACUGAAUUAAAUCAGCUGACAAAUGGUAUCUCCCUACUCCCGUAUGGAACGCGCUGCCGCGCCGAAGCCGGCUGCUGCCCGAGCGUUGAAAGCGUAGAAGAUUGCCUGUGGUUCUUUACUGUUGUGGAUGUCGGACUGACUCCGGCGAGGGAGAAUUCUUCGCAGUCGAAAGGGAGGUUACUUUUCCGCGGCAGUGGCGGAGCGCGCUGACCAUGGCCUCCAACUUUAAUGAUAUAGUGAAGCAGGGAUACGUGCGGAUACGGAGUAAGAAACUAGGGAUCUUCAAGAGGUGCUGGCUGGUGUUUAAGAAGGCGUCCAGUAAAGGCCCCAGACGGUUAGAGAAAUACCAAGAUGAGAAGGCAGCAUACUUCAGAAGCUUUCACAAGAUCACGGAGCUUCACAAUAUCAAGAACAUUACACGGAUGCCCCGGGAGACCAAGAAACACGCAAUGGCAAUCGUCUUCUACGACGAGACUUCCAAGACAUUUGCCUGUGAGUCAGAGCUGGAUGCAGAGGAGUGGUACAAGCUGCUGUGUGUGGAGUGCCUAGGAAGCCGACUGAAUGACAUCAGCCUGGGAGAACCAGACCUGUUAGCAGCGGGGGUGCAGCGGGAGCAGAGUGAGCGGUUCAACGUGUACCUGAUGCCCACUCCCAACAUGGACAUCUAUGGGGAGUGUACGAUGCAGAUCACCCAUGAGAACAUCUACCUGUGGGACAUCCACAACGCCCGCGUCAAACUGGUUAUGUGGCCCCUCAACUCACUGAGGAGAUACGGACGAGACUCCACUUGGUUCACUUUCGAGUCGGGAAGGUAUGUUUGUGAUGUGUGACACGGGGAGGGUCUGUUUACGUUCCAGACGCGGGAGGGAGAGAUAAUCUACCAGAGAGUCCACUCAGCCACCCUGUCCAUCGCACAGCAACAUGAGAGGAUGAUGGUAGAGAUGAAGAAGAGCUCACAGACCCACUCCAACCAGACAACGUUAACCAAGUCCAUUUCUCUGCCUCGCAGUGCCUACUGGCAUCACAUAAUGCGCCAGAACAGCGUGGGAGACAUCUACAGCUACCAAGGUACGAGCCUGACGAUGAUCCCCCGAGCACAGACCUUCCCCAGCUUCCUCUCUGAACAGACAGAAGAAGAGCAGUCCUCUCAGCACCAGGAAGAGGCACUUUCCCCCUCCAGUGGCUAUGGCUCAAACUGCAACCAGGGGAUGCUCCAAUGACAAGCACUUACAGGACAAACCUGGACAUUCCAACACUUUAGAAGGCUGUAGAAAUAUGUAUAGGAACAUGUAUAAUAUGGCAUUGUAUGUUAAUAAAUUAUGACGAGUGUUAAUUGUAGAGCGGUACAUAUAUAUAUAUUAUUCUAGACUUUUUUGUACCCGUUGUGAGACAACAUAGGCUAAAACAAUUGCACCAAAAAUAUUUCUCUUGUAGUUUUCAAAAGGGAGACAUACUGUACGUGUCAUAGUGUUUGCGAGUACUUUGGGUCCUUUCACUGUAAAGUCCCUUGUUUGAAAUGUCUAAAGUUUAUGCAGAUUGCAAAGCAAUGCUGAAAAGGGUUAUGUUUGUAAGUUGUUAAUGUCUUGUGACUGAAGGUCCAAAAAAUUGGAAUGUGUUUUUCAUCCUUUAAUUUUCCCCACACUGAUGUUCUGACACCUGCUGGGGCCCAUUCAUUAGGGAAAACUUGUAACGUUCUGAAAUAUUUGUGGGCUUUUUAGUUUACCUGCAACAAGCACCACGUCCCUCUAUUCAAAAUGGUUUGCCUGUUCACGAGUACAGGUCUGAGAUAGACAUAUUUAAAAAUCUAUACAAAUCAUCCCAAAUUCCAAACGCAUGAACAAAACCAUACAAUGAAAAUAUUAACAAAUCUGCCUAGCACCUAUAGGCUAUAUCUAAGUCCAACUUGACUAGGACCUACAGUAUAGACUAUAGCCUAUUUAAGGCUGACCCUUGUGAACAAGCAGUUUAUUUGGCUUCUGUCUGGAGCACUCAGACUGUGACCAUGCUUGGUCUGACUAUUGAUGUUUUCCAGACCUCUCGCCCUGUCCUCCAGCCACAGUAUGAAGUGCCUUCUGACGCAUGCAGACUGCAGAGUGUGACACUACUGUACCAGACACCCACAGGCUUAAUCUCUGUCCCGGGUCCGUGUCUUUCAUUAUUCUAGUAUAUCUAUGCCCUCGGCUCCUCUUAGGUGCAAGACAUUCUGAAAAUAGUCUUGUCCAAUUUAAACAAAAAAAAGACUUGUCGUCUGUCAUUAUCUGAGAAAAGAUAUGAUCCACAAAUUCACAGAUCGUACGAACACAGAGUCAAUGUUCACAAGAAAAGACAAUCAUUUUAUUGAGGUAUACGGAUGAGCAAAUCAGUCGAAACACUGUUAUCCUUUUGAGCUACUUCCUUUCUUUGUUGUGUGAAUUAUUUUGGUCAACGUUUGAAUAUUUAUUUUCAUAGGAGAUAGAUAUGUUUAUAUGGAAUCCCAGAAACAUCCAGGGCACAUUAUAAAAUAAUAUCUAUGAAUAUCAUACAGUGGGCCAAAAAAUAUUUAGUCAGCCACCAAUUGUGCAAGUUCUCAAACUUAAAAAGAU